AUGCUUCCCCGGAAAAUGGGGUUUCGUGAUUACAUCGAAGCAUUGGAGGAAGAAAGGAGGAAAAUUCAAGUUUUCCCCAAAGAGCUUCCUCUGUCGUUGGAGCUUGUCACGCAAGCAAUUGAGGGGUGUAGACAGCAAUUGUCUGGAACGGUUGCGGAUUACAAUCUGAAUGGCCAAUCGGAGUGUUCAGAGCAGACAUCAAUGGAUGAAGGACCUGCUUUUGAGGAAUUCAUUCCUAUUAAGAAAAGGGCAUCUCAAGAUUCUGUUGAAGAAGAAGACGACGAAGAUGAAGAUGAACAACAUUCUCAUCAGCUAAAGAAAACCACUUCUGAUAAAAAGAAAUCAGAUUGGCUCAGAUCCGUUCAGUUGUGGAAUCCCAAUCCCCCUCCUACCAAAGAGGAUGUGCCUAGAAAAACAAAUGUUGUUGAAGUGAAGAGAAACGGUGGAGCUUUUCAACCGUUCCAAAGAGAUGAAAAAAGUGUGGUUAAUGGAAAGGCUAAUAAUGGUGCAUCAGCAAUUGGUAAAGCACCCUCUUCACCACCAGUGCCUGCUACAAGUUCCACAGGACCAAUGAGAAUAGACAGCAAAAAAGAGGAGAAAGGACAGGCUCAGAGAAAGCAACGUAGGUGUUGGUCGCAGGAAUUGCACAAGCGAUUCUUGCAUGCACUUCAGCAACUUGGAGGUGCAGAUUCUGCCACGCCCAAACAGAUCAGGGAGCUAAUGAAGGUUGAUGGCCUCACCAAUGAUGAAGUCAAAAGCCAUCUACAGAAAUUUCGUCUACACACUAGAAGAAGCCCCAUAAUGCACAACAAUGGAAGUUCACAAGCAGCCCCUUUGUUUCUUGUGGGGAACAUUUUUGUGCAGCCACCAGAAUAUGGUGCAGUGGCUACAUCAACAGCUUCUGGAGGAGAAUUGACCACAGUUUCUGCUCCAACUGGAAUAUAUGCACCAGUGGCUGCACACCCUCCACCUGUCACACACGCAACAAUUAUGAAGCAUUCACAUUCUCAAGAAAGACCUAAUAAUCACAGUGUUCAUUCAGACUCACCUGCCUCAUCAUCCUCCACACACACCAUCACAGCUCCUUCACAUGCCCCUUGA